CGGUGGUCGGUGUGGCGGUCUUAGAAGCCGUGCCAUGAGCCGUGCGUAGGAUCCCCGUACUCCUUACCGCGAUGGACGUCCGGUAGCCCCGAUGUGUGCAAGUAGUGUUCGGAGAUUUUGUUUUUCUUAUUCUUUCUCACCGCCGAUACCACCCGUCAACCCGAGAAGUGUUGCGGAGUAGCAGCGCAGCGACCUGCAACAGGCCUGCCGGUGCGAACGAUUACUACUCGGCCGACGACUUGAGCUACCAUGUCAAACCGGGAAGCAGCAACACCAGCUAUGAAUGACACCGGCGAAUUGGCUGUCCAAGAGUUCUACAAGGGAAAAAGUGUGCUCAUCACGGGGGUGACAGGCUUCCUUGGUAAGAUCCUCCUUGAGAAGCUGCUGCGUUCCUGCCCAGGGAUUAACCAAAUCUUUCUAUUGAUACGGCCAAGAAAAGGAUGCAAGUCAAAAGAACGACUGUCUUCACUGCUCAAAUCAGAGUGUUUUGAGCAUGUUCACCGGGAGCAUGCUGAGGCACUGGAAAAACUGGUGGCUGUCGAUGGAGACCUCACAGAGCCUGGGCUAGGUCUGCAGCCUGCCGACUAUGAGCUUCUCACGCGGGAGGUGUCAGUGGUCUUCCAUUCAGCAGCAACCAUCAAGUUCAACGAAACACUUAGGCAAGCUGUAGAAAUGAAUAUGGAAGGAACUAGGAAAGUGCUCAAGCUUUGUCAUGAAAUGAAGAAGCUUCAGGCUGUAGUACACGUUUCCACGGCAUAUUGCAAUUGUGACUGCAAGAAGCUAGACGAACGAAUAUAUCCAUCGCACAUACAUCCUCAAGAUAUCAUCUCGUGUACAAAGUGGAUGGAAGAAGGCAUGCUGGCUGCGCUUACCCCUCAGCUAUUACGUGCAAAGCCCAACACCUACGUUCUGGCCAAAUUCUUGAGUGAGUCCUUGGUUGCCGAAGAAGGUGGUGACUUGCCUGUAGCCAUUGUGCGACCGUCCAUUGUGGCUGCCUCCUGGAAGGAGCCCUUUCCAGGCUGGGUUGAUGCAUUAAAUGGAUCUACAAGUCUGCUGGCCUCUUGUGCAUCUGGUGUGAUGACUACCAUUGUGACAGACGUCAAAGGCAUUGCUGACAUUGUGCCUGUGGACAUUGUGGCCAACCUGUUGAUUGUGGUUGCUUGCCAAACUGCAGCUAAACGGGCACGUCAGAGAGAGUUGGAAGCAGCCAAGGAGAAGCACUGGGAAACGGUUGAGGCACAACCGCCAGCCGUGUACAACUGUGUGACAGGCUCACUGAACAAGCUGGUUGUGGGGGACGUGAAACGCUACCUGGCCAAGUUCCUGCCCCAGUAUCCAUUCCAAGAGACCUUGAGUUGCCCCCGUGUGGAUAUGACAACAAGCCGUCUCUACCAGUCGGUCAUGGUCUUUUUCCGAAAUUACCUGCCGGCUCUCGCUGUGGACCUACUGAGCCGUUGCACUGGCCGGAGACCACGGAUGGUGCGGUUCCUGGAGCAGUCCAAAAGUGCCAUGGAAGCAGUGAGGUUCUUUACCACACAGACAUGGGAGUUCUCGUCCAACAACAUGCUGCUGCUCCACAGUAGGCUGUCACCCUUCGAUAGGCAGACAUUUGACAUAGACAUUCGGAAGAUCAACUGGGAGAGCUAUUGGGAAAACUACCUUCUUGGUGUGAGACGCUACCUGUUCAAACAGGACCCUUCGACCAUCCCAGAGUCUCGAAAACGACUGAAACGGCAACAUGCAGUGCACGUAGCCCUAAAGACGCUCCUGCUGCUUGGUUUUCUGAGGGUGUUGCUGGGCCGAUCAAAAGUUGUGCGGCAGCUUUUGCAGCUGGCGAUGGGACUUCUGACACAGCUGCUCUCCAUCCUCCGCUUCAGUUCUUCCUAAGCACCACAUCUCGGGAAGUGCACGUGUUUUUUUUUUUUACAAUACUUGCCCUCGGAAAGCCAUUGCUUUGUUCCAUACUGCCUCAACCUGUUGCCAUCUUCUUUUAUAGUAACUGCAAGUUAGCUUCUUGUUCUUUAAUGUUAAGUAAUCUUUAUGCAGGACAGCACCAAUUGCUGUCCUCUCAGGGUAAACCAUCCUAUCCUUCCUUUGUUUUGUUUGUUAUCUCAACGGCUUUAGCCAAUAUAAAUUUUGCUCAUUUGUCCGAAGCUUUUCAAGUAGGAAGACUCGAGGCCGUUUGGAACAAAGUCAAUGUCCAAGCUCUAGAACUCCACAGUAAUCAUGUUCCUGUUUUAAAUGCUGUUGGUCUAUUUUGUGAAAGUAACUGUGCCUGCCACGAAGGCACGAAAUGAAGCAAGAAACCUCUCUCUUUUCUCUGCUGUAUUUACACAAGGCAGGCAAAUGUUGUGUAUGCCUUCCUGCAUUGUGGGUUUUUUUUUCUUCUCUUUUGAUAUAAGGCCGGUUUUGCAUUUCAUUUACGUUGUGGUUAGUAGAGGCUUGCUUUUCUGUAGGCACAACAGUUCAAGUUGUCAUGCAUUCAUGUCAGCUGCCAGCAUUGAGAUAAUGUGAAAAUUUGUUAUGCUGUUGCGCAUACCUGUGUUAAACUGAAGGCACUGUCUGGCUACACCUACUGCAAAAAUUUAUCCAGCAAGGUACUCCGAAAAAAUCAUGUAUUUUGCUUAAAGCUGUAUUAGUUCUCUCAACAGCUUGCAUUUUGUACAGUUUAUUUUUUAGGCCUGCCUGACUAUUCUUUCAGUGUGGAGAAAAGAUAACUUGAUUGACUAGCGAAGCUUUUUUGGUGGCAUGUCAUGUAAUAUGCUCCAAGCUGCCUGGCUUUUUUAGCUGCAUUAUGUGCAUUUACUAGUUUAUGCGUUUGCAAGCUUGACUGGUUUCAUUGGCUGCAUGCAGCCCAAUACUAAUAAGGCUUAGCAUCUUGCCUUAAUAUGAGAGGAGCAUGUUACACUAGACAAUGCAAGCAUUGCUUCAAGUGAUGUUUACUUGUGGCUUUGAUUUUUCUGCAGUAGGUAAAACGCCUACUAUAAUUUAAACAACCAGGUCAAUGUUGUGAUCAACAAGAAAAUUGACCCCCCUGGUAGUUGUAUCUUUUAGUUAUUAGAGUGAUUGAAAUAAAUGCGGAAGAUUGAAUCAAUAAGAAAUCGUCGAAUAAAGAAUGCGAUUUGUUUAAGUCAUUUAAUGAAUUGGUAAAAUUCAAUUGUAAGUUCAAAUAUUGUUAAUUGUAAUUAGGAGAGCAGUAAAAAAGUCAGACUCCGGGCAAGCAAACUUUGUGAUGCCGUUCAAUGGGUGAUGCCGUUGCUGGGUCAAGUAAAUGGCCGGAUGACUAGAGAGUUCGUUUAAUUUGUUUCGUUUAUCUGGCUUUGGCAGACAACUAACACCAUUAAGCAAGACUGUCAUUUUCUUUACAGACAGAACUCGUAGUAGAGGUUCAGAUUAACAGCUAUGUUUUGUGAUACAGAAUAUUGACAAUGAAGUUGAAUACAAUUUACAAUGUGUACAUGAGAGGUUUACUAAUUUAUCUGUAUAUUUGGUGGUAAGACGCUUUCGGAACCUUGUCACCAGUUUUGUUAUCUUUGUAGUUCCGUGUUUGAGCCGUUUCUGUCAUGUUAGUGUCUAAUAAUGGAGCAAUGCGCACCAGUGCUCUUGCACAAUUGCACUCAAUUCAGCAUCAUUCUGUUUGGAUGCUAUAGCAUUUUGAUAAGGUAGCUCGAAAUAAUCUGAGUGGGGUGUCCACGUUUCGUUUCACAGCAUAGGACUGGAAAAUAAUUUUGUGCUGCACUACAUAUGCCGAGUGCCGAACAUACAACUCCCAUUUUCGCGGAAUUUUUUGAUCAUCUCAGUCCAAAUGCUAAGCGAUAGCUGCAGCUGAUGAGGCAUGAAUCAGUGCCCUCUAUUUAUAAGCUAUAAGACGGCUUAACUUUUUUCAGUAUUGUUCCUUGCCUGUACAAACUUGUUUUUUUUUCUUUUUUCACGUGUGCUCCUAUUUGACUAACUCCUAUUUGAUUAUUUGUCUUUUUGUUGCGUGGCAUCCAAAUUAUAUUUUAGCACUCUGUCUUUUAUAAAAAAGUCAAUAAUGAAAUGCAAUACUUCUUUUUUUUUUCUGUGUUAUAAAGUAUGGUACAGCGUUCUGAAAUGCUGUGCGAAGUAUAUGACAUGUGCAUGAAAUGUCCAAUUCUAGUGGAAUUAUUCAUUGGAAGAACAUGCUUGCCGGCUAAACUGUGAUUGCAAUAAGAGGCUGUGGAUGAGUGGACUAGCCCACAACCAAUUGCACUUGUUAGAAACGAACGGUGCACCGGUGACAUAAUUUUUCUGAAUAUGCAAGCAAGUGAAGUAUAUGCUAAUGCUUUUAUGUGACCUGGGUGUGUGGUCAUUUUUCUGUGUGUCACAAAGCUAGGGCUUUAUGCUAAGCACAUGCUGUACUGUGCCAUUGCUCUUGAGAGGUGUUUCUAAGCUUCCUGAAAGUUAGCUCGUUCUUAACUUGCAGUUUCUUUUUUUCCAACUUGCGGUGUCAGGAGUCGUCUGUCUUUCGUAGAAGGCAGUUUGCUUCAAAUUUUUAAUUGACCAAAGAGUGGCCAUGUGCUGCAGGUCCUAACAAAGUACAGCACAAUGAAUGCAUGCUUGUCACCCUAAGUGGCAAGUGAUAGUGGGACAUUUCACCCCAUAUUUUACCCACCUUUCGUUUGCACACACAGGAAAGCACAUUGAAAGCCAUCAGUCUCCAAAGAUAUUCUGAGCCUUUUACAGCAUUUUUUUGUAUUGGGUUCUAAACAAUAUUUUGUAAUGUAUUGCUUCAUUCACUUUCAUCAGCCUUUCUGCAUGCUUAGUUUUGGGUUAUUCAUUUAGCUGAGUCUGCAAGUGCCAGCUGCACUAAAAAGAAAGAAGAAAAAAAGACUAGAACAUAGAAGUAGAGAAAACCCAGAGUACUCGGGGAAACUAGAAAAGGCUUGUUUUAAGGGUAACUUCUCCAUUUAUAUUACUGCUACUACAGAAGAAUGUGUGCCUGCUUUGCAUUUGCUGAUUGUGAACGAUUGUAUAACUCUUUUAGUUUUUGGCCAUUUUAUAAUAUUUGGUCUAAAGCUGCUGUAGAAACUGCCCCUUGUAAAGAACAAAGUACUGCCAUGCCAUUUGUUUGUGCAGAAAUUCGGUACUGGGACAGAAACGUGUGCUAUGCUGCAGUGUCUUAUUACUGCUUUGCAGUGUGGAGCUUAGAGUGUGUUCAUCAGCAGAGAUGUUGUUAUUGUUCCUAUCUUUUUUAACAUUGGUUUGCUUUAUGAACCAUAACCACGGUUCACUCCACAGGUUUCCUUGUCCUUAAUUGUAUGCAUGCAUGAAAUGUGUACCUACAGUUUUUUCUUGCAUUCGCCUCGGGAGUUGACAAGCUUUACAUGCACCAACAGAUAAUUUAACAAGGUACGAGGUAGCCUUGUCUGCGUAUGCUUGUUUCACCAGUCUCUUUAUUUUUUAAACGAGUAAAAUACCUGCAGUCACAGUAUCCUCUUCAUAGCUUCUCUUCAAUGUGCGAUUCUGGCUACUACCAGUUGCAGCGUGUGAGGAAUGGCUGGAGCAUGCUUGGGGGAUAAGGCAAUGGUCGCACAAGCUAGAGAUUGCAUGCACCACAGAGAUUAGAGGAAAUAGAGUGUUCUGUCAUUCUAAAAAUGCAUCCACUUCCUCAAAUAAUGAGAGUGAUGUAGCCCUGCUAUAUGAAGAAACAGAUUCUGCUCUGCAUGGUAAUCUGCAGUUGUCUAAUUACAUUGUCACAUGAUUUCAGUGUGUUGGUUGAGAGAAAGAAGUGAUGUGAGACAGUCGUGGUUAGCCGUAACCCUUUCCUUUGAGCUUCCCCGGUUAGGGACACCAGUGCUGGGCUGUAGCAGUCACUGGGAUUGAAUGAGUGUCCUCAGCUGUACCUGACUCGUCAUGGCAUAGAAUUUUACAUAGAUGCACCAGGGGCACAUUGCUCUCAAAAGCACAUGAAAGAUACCACAUUUGUGGGAAUUUGUGGAAUUGUUGUACCAUCUGUCCCAUUAGGAAAAAAGGCACCAUUUUAUGUCAGUUUGCUGUCUUUGAGACAUACAAUACAAUAAUAAUGUAGAUACACUUGGUACUACUAAUGCAAUGUGCAGCAAUGUUUCUUUUUUUAUUUUUUAAUCCUCCAGGCACAGGAGUCGAGAGCUGUUUCAACUAAGCAACUCUUUCUUAAGGUAAUCAUUUCGCGUGUGACUGAAAUGCUUUGACUGCCCCUAAUUGCGCUACUAUUAAAGGAGCACUGACAUAAUAAUUUGGCACCUCUUUUUUUUUCUUGCAAUAGGUAGUUUAUGACCCACUUGUCACUGCUGGAAACCUCGUUUGCAGCAAGUAUGUGACAGUUAUUUAUUUUGAGACGUGUUUUUAGAGGGCCCAAUCGCAGUCUCGGUUUUACAAAGCACUGAGCUAGGCAGGAGCAGUUUAAAUUGCAAGGUAUAGCUGGCCACAUGGCCACGCACAACUGUGACAUGGCGGCGCACGCAAAAGCAUGAGUGAGCAGGACGCCACACUGACAGCAAGCACAGGCAGCACACGCAAAACCACAGGCACGGAGGAAUAAAUUGCAAGUAGUGCAAGGCGCAUGCUAACAACCAGCCAACACAGAAUUGUGACGUAGGUUUGUUCACACUGCUGCCACAUUGAUGUCGGCGCCACGAGGGGCUCCGCAUCUCGCUCAGUAGUGCGCCAAGCACUAUAAAAUUGAUGUUCAAUAUGUUCUAGGCUACAUUGGCCCUUGAUAUUUCGUAGAUGUUGCUGUAUGUCUCUGCAUAAAUCUCUCUCACUCAUUAUCUCGCCUUCAAAACUUGGUGUCAGUGCUCUUUUAAAGGAACCAACAACCAGCCAGUACAUGUGAUUAGAUCCUAGUAAAAAUGGGAAAACCUUUGAAUCAUACUGACAGAUCUAGGCAUCCUUUUUUCAAGCAAAGUUGAACUUAUACUAUUAAAUCUCAAGUAAUAAAAGUAGCAAAAAAUAAAAAGAGGUAUGUCGCGCAACCUAGUGGAAGAAGCUAGGAGCUGCAUUAUGAAGUUGUUCGCUUCACUGUAUGUAGUCUGAUACCUUCAUACAUUACAUAAUUAGUGCUCAAAGUUGAAGCAGUACGCUUGCUAUGGACACUUGAUUAAAGUAUUUCAUUUUGGUGGACUGAAACUAAUCUGCUAGAUGGCGUGCAAGGUCGAUAUCAGGAAUCACACAUUUCAGAAAACGCCUAUUACACUUGACUUUAAGAAAAUUAACGCACAUCAUGAUGGCUGUAGAGUAUGUAUAUUAUGUCCAUCCCCACUCUGUUCUAUGCUCCUUAUGAGGUAAAAAAAAGUUCGAUGGAGGCAAAAAUGCUGUAGGCCCUUGUGCUCAGAUUUGGGUGCACGUUAAAGAACCCCAGGUGGUAGAAGGUUUCAGAGCUCUCCGCUACAAUGUCUCUCAUAAUCAUACAGGUGGUUUUGGGGCGUCGAACUACACAUAUCAAUCUAUCACGUAAAAAAAAAAAAAAAGAUACAUGCUGAGAAUCCGCACUGGCUGCAGAAACAUGUCGAGCCAUGGCUUAAGUGCACAGAGUGCACACAUGCGCAGCAGACAGCCAUGCCCAAACCGCUUUAGCGCUCACCUGCGUCUGUUUGCCGCUUGUAUUUUGUGUAUAUGACUUCAUUGUCACCGCAAAUUGAAAAGUGUAGCUCUAAAUAUUUCACAUCCUUCAACACAUGGCCAUUCUGGGAUUAGACACCCUGACUGAAAAGAUUCCUGUUGCAGUUAAGGAAGCAGGUACCUCAAAGGUUGUUUAUCGGUCCCUUCAAGAAAGCUACUUGGCAAAGCUCAUUAAGAGCCUCGAGGUACGUAGAGUUGGUGAAUGCAUUUUUAGAGUUACAGAACCCUCUCCAAUGUCAUUCACGCUGAUGGCACUGCCACUUUAUCCUGCGAGCACGCUUCCUCUAUGCCCCAUGCAUUGAACAGCAAACUUAUUGCAGCGGCAGGAGUGCAUAAUAAGUUUUAAGUGGAUAUUCAGUUGGCCUGUUGCUAUACUGUACUGUGCAGAAAAUAACUGAUGCAAAGGCACACAUGCUUAUGCCCCUGUUACGCACAUUAAGUGUCUAGUGCACUUCUUUGCUGGCUAUGUUGCAAUUAUACUUGUGCAUGUUGUCAGUGUCGCAGUCUGUUCCACUGCCUGUUGUAUGUGCUUGUGCACAUUUUUAUGAAGCCAUUAUUAACAGUUCUUUGUCUAUUUUUUUAAUUUCUGUGUUUGCAGCCGUGUUGGCUGAUAGAAACAGAAGUGGCAGUCAAUUGUUUUUCGUUCAUGUCGCUUUUUUUUUAACACACCCGCUGUUCUUAUACCGGUGUCACAUGGGCAUUUUUGAUCCGAUCAGUGUCAAUCCGGAUUAACCACGAUCCGGGUUACGUGCUGCUACACGGUCACUUUUCAUUGCGAUCGGGCCUGAUCGGUAUCAAGACUAUCGCGAUCUGGCUGGAAGAUCGCGACUUUGCUGUCGUCGUGCGCUCCCUGGCCGAGCUUCUUGCCAAGCACUAUAACAAGAAAAUCGAGUGUAGUUAAUAAAAACACAUUAAAACAGCUAGAUUUUAUUAAAAAAAGCAAAUUGUAAACUGCUUAAUUUGGAACAAUAUCUGAAAUAUUGCAUACUUUAGGAUUUGUAUUGACGGCAUGUGGCUAUGGGAGAAGCAGACGAUAAGCAGAGAACCGUUGUGUGCUGCUCCUUGUUCGACUCUUGCACUGUCGGGAGAAGUUGGAGCACCUUGAAACAAACUGAUUAGGAGUGUUGCCAGCUUUUCGACUACGUCACAGUGUACGCCUAUUUCGUGGUCGAAUGAAGAGACCUUUAGAGUAAUUUACUGCUGGCAGGAGCGACUGGGAGACCUGAGGAGCCAGAAAUGAAACUCUGAUGCGUACAAUGAGAUUGCCACUUCGCUGCAAGUAGAAGGCUUCAAGUGGUUGCCAUCAGACAAAAUAGUGGAGAUAAUAUCACGCACUAAUACAGGCAAGGGCAGGGAAAGCUUUAUCGAAUGAUAGAUUAAUGAAAUUGUUUUGUAGUGGCACGCAAAGUUUCGAUGUUCGAGCAGUUCUUGCACCAAUAACACUGCUGAUAAAGGGCUCUAUAGAAAUAUCCUAUGCUGAGUUUUGUUUAUGGCACAAAAGUACUACCUGGUGCAUUUAUUAUGACCCAAGCUCGGACCGGAUUAGCUUGGGCCAUGUAGCAGCUACCAUAAAGUUGAUUGCGAUCAAGAAAACUGAACCAAAUCGCCCUGAUCACUAGUAAAAGUGCCCAUGUGACAACGGUAUUAGUUUCCAUUUGUGCAUUAGUGCCACAAUUUAUGCUCAUGUUUGAAUACUGGCCAUGCAUUGCACAGAUGUGUUUUUUUUUUCUUGAUACUAGUGCUGUGUUUAUGUGUGCUUCCUACAUGUGUGUACAAAUGUGCAUGUGUGUUUGUACCUGUUUUUGUGCACAUGUCACCUUAGGCUAUCGUGUAUUUUUUUCUUUGUGCUAUCUCUUCCAUUAUUGCGAAAUCGGAACAUAUUGGCAAAGGUUCGUUGCUUUAAUGCCGUUGCUUUAUAUUACUUUGACAGCAAGUAGGUACUAACUGAUAUGCAAUGUUUCAUGUUUUGCUGUUGUACACUAGUGUGCAUAGGGAAGAACGAAAACUAGAGCAUUUACUCGAUUCCAUAAUUUAACAAAUCGUAGCUGCUUGAACAUCUACAGCAGUGUAGUACUGCUUGAUGAAGUACCUUCUCUUUUUUCUCAAGAUUUUAAUGUCAUUGUCACCUAUAACAGCCCUUCUCACGAAAGUAUUUUUAAGGGCAAGUGUGCCAGAGCGCUUUUAUUUGUUGUAUUUUCUGGAAUUGUGUCACAAUUUUUAUGCUUUCGUGAGGCACUGUUUUUGCCUUAGCGCUUCAGAGUUGUGCCUGCUAAGCCAAAGAAAACAGGCUUUUGGAGAAUUUUUUUUUUCUUGCUGAUACAACACUCUGAAGGCAAACAGGGUCUGCCGGUGAGCAUUUGCUGUGGGAGGGGUAAAUACAUAUCACAAUGUUGGCGCAGUCCUAGCACCUUGUGGUGAGUCAUUUUUUUAUAAAACACUGGCCGUGUCAGGCAGUACUCGUCCUUGGGAUCCUAGUGGGUGCUUGUCGCUGUACAUGAGGAAAGUGAGUGGUUGGCAGUAGAAUAAUUACGGUCAUGUGAAGACAGGCUCAACAAAUUUAGUAUCCUACAGCCGCAGCAAAAAUUGUACUAUCAGUCUCUCAUACCGUAUUUCUGUGUUGGUUGCGAGUUGGCUAGUUUCAGUUCUCUCUUAAAUUACCUUGCAGUGCAUUGAUUCGUUUACAUCAUUCCCAGGCAUUAAAAAAUAGUAAAGAAUACUUGUUCCCAUUGGUUUGAUCAAUAGCACUGUGUAGCAAGUAGGCAGGUUAGGUACUAACAGUGCACAUCAUAUCAUGUUCUCGACUCCUAACCAAAGCAACACAUUUGCUUCUUUUUGUGCUAAAUAAUUUUAGUUUUACAAGCUGAGCUUAUAGGUGUGUGUGACCUUCAAAAGAUGAGAGACUUCAUUCUGCCGUCUGCAUUUUAUUGCGUCGGGAAGCCCGAUUUUGUUUCACUCAGCCUGAUACAAGAUGUGCUAAUCUGUAAGGUUUAAAUCACCACAGCCAUUUAGAUAGCAAUGCACACUUGAUGGAACCGCACACAAAACCAUAGUUAGAUUUUGUUAGAAUUAAAGGCACACAGUGAAGUUUGAAACAAGCCAUACCACUCAAUACCUGAAGUCCCGAGUUUCCAUGUAGAAACUCGUCAAAGGCACCACACAGGCAGUCUCUUUUGCUAAGCUUAUUAAUAUUUUUGUAUAUGCAGUCGGACAACUCUUCUGGUCACAUCUAUGUCUUUUGAGGAUUUCAAGCUGGGAAAUAUUUUUGUAUUCUCAUAAAAUCCAGCUCACAUUAUUACACAAGGCGCAUUUGUCCCUUGGUAUAAGAUGGCACAGUUGGAAGCUGCCUAAGCUUUUGAUGUCUGUACGCUAUAGUGUCGACAGUGGCAGUUAUAGUGUAGAAACUGGGUUUAUAGGUGUACACACUGUGCUUAUGAUUCAUGAUUUUGGCACGCAUUUCUGCUGUUACGUGAACAUAUUCUAUUUGUGCCACAUAUAGUAUGACAACUAACACUUCUAGCGGGUUUAUGCCCCUGAACGCUAAUUUUUGUUUGUAGUACUAGUAUUAAUUGACAGUGGUUGUAGCCGAAACUGACUGUUAUGCUUUCUUUUACCAUUUACUUGCAUAUGGUUUGUCUUGUGAUCAACUUUCAAUUGACUUUUUUUUUUUUUUAAUCUAACCAAGCUGCUACGCACUGUCCAUGUCAGCAGAAAGCAACUUGGGCUUCUGUUUGUGUGCACUAAGACAUCAAUACAAGGGAAGGGAAUUAUACAAAGGUCUUUGUCUAUAGUUGAUAUGUCGUGUAUUGGAGGCUGAAUGUGAAUAAAGAAUUUUUCAAGUUAACAGCAUAAAUGAAAA